AUGGACUUUUUACAAAACCAUACCAUCCCAGCUGGUCACGUGAUUUAUAAACUGACCUUUUUUCUGGAUUGCAUAUUCUGCUCUCUUGCAGGUUUCUGCGUCAAAGCAUUCGUGAAGGAGACCCGAGAAAAGUUCUUCAUUAAUUUAUGCCAAACUGAAGCGAUUCCUGCACCGGAGGACGUCACCGAUGACCAGCUGAUGGAGCUGUUAAACGAUGGCUCCGCCGGUUCUUUCAAAAUCCCCAUGAGCAUUACGCAGCCUAGAACUGGUCAAGACCAUUCGGGAAAACCGUGUCAAUUGUGCGAUAUUGCUGUUAACAGCAAUUUUUUCAAAAAGAUCGAGAAAGGAGGUUUGAUUAGGGAUUUCUUGAUUACGAUUAUUUUUGAAGGAAUUGAUGCUAAAUUUAAUUUGACCUUGGAUGAAACUGACUGGCGAUUGUUGAAGAAUAAGACCUUCAUGGACAAACUCAUAACUCAUAACAUUCAAAACCGUGAUGUCAAAUCGGUGUACGAGAGCUACAAGAACCCCAGUGCAGAAGAUUUGCAGAAAAUCCAAGAGCUCGAAUCGCCAUCGCCACUGGCUUCAUUGAACCCGGAAAGACCACGUAAAAAAUUAAUCGAGGAAAUUGAUCCUGUGACGGUCAAAACUAUGAAGGACGUAAAAAACAAACAGGAAUAUGUUCCCAAUCCUACUAAAUUGGCAAUUUCACAGGCAGCUUCCAAAAAACCGGACUACCGAUUACUACGCGAACCAGCACGUGGAAAAGCAAAAGUUUUGAUUGGUGAAUUCUAUCUGCCGGAGGUGACCACUAUUAAUGAAAUUACUCUGGACAUUGGUGAAGACCGUAUUCUACUGGAAGCCCGAAAAAAAGGUUACCUGUUAGAUGCAUUCGUUGACUUACCUAUCAAUAAUGAAAAGAUAAAGGCAGAAUUCAAUACCGUAACCAAGAUUUUAAACGUUAUCAUGCCUGUUGUUGCUUGCUCUUAGGAAAAAUAUCUUAUAUAUUCCAAAAAAAAAACUCGUAAAAAAUUACGCAACGGUGGCAGAAAAAAAAACAAAAUCAAAAAUAAAUUAAUGAAAAACUAAGGCGAACACCAAUUCAGCAGAUUA